CCAAAUGUCACUUUUUUUGUAAACGAGGUUUUGUUGCGGCGUACUUGUGUGCGAUAUUUAAUUACGAAAUAAAAAUAAUUGUAAGGAUACUAUCAAUCUUUAAUACUUUUAGGAAUAUUGAUGCUAAGGCGGAGCUAAUUAUGGAGUUCUGUCCACAACUAUCAGCUUUCCAAGGGGUAAUUAUCUCUGCAGACAACGUUCACCCUUUUUCAAGACUGACUUCAAGAGGUGGAAAUGAAGAAAAAAUUAAAUUUGUCAUUGACUUCGUUUCGAAAUUCCUCACAGAUGGAGGGUAUAUAAUAAGUGAUGGAAUAAAUACAGAGUCUAUUGUUAAACUUCGAAAAUUUGCUUUCUUUUUAAUCCUGAAUUCUGAUCUAUCGGUUUUAUCUGAUAUGACAGACAUGGAAGAAAUAGAACUAGUAAUUUGGACCAUACCAACAAUACCUAAAUGCUUGAUGUGUGAAAUGUUCUGGCGCCUACACUUUGAUACCUUUGUUUAUGAGGCAAUAGCCUUUUGUGAUCCUGAUCUCGCUUCAGAAAUUGCAGCUGCGUUCUUAGAUAAUAUUAAAUAUUACACUCCCAAUGCAUGUCUCAAUAAAAUAGGUGUUAUUAGUGCCGCACUUUAUAAGCUUAUUUGUCGGAUUUAUUUCUUUAACUUUUAUAGUACUAAUUUAACAAAUAAGCUAACAAUGGUUUUUAACAAUCUGCAAAAAGCGAUAAAUUUUUUUACUGAUCCACCCAAAAGUGAAUGGCUGAAUAGCAUCAGCACAGACGACCAAUACAAAUACAGAGGAGAUUGUCUCUACACAAUGCUCAUUCUAGUAAGUGAAUGCAUGGAAGAGUUUAUGUCCAUGCAAGAUUUGACUGAAGUUAGUGAUCCUAUUUACAUGCUAACAUAUAUUGGCAAUGUGACAAGGAAUGUUGCAUUCAGGACGUGCGAUUGUCCCACACAAGAAAUACUAGAUUGUGUCAACAAAUCUCAUUUGGCAAUUCUGGAUAAAUGUCAGGAGCUUGUGAUGGAUGUCAGCCUUGACAUCUUCUGCGCUUGGAGUGAGUUUGAUGAAAAUGGCAAAACUAUGCAAAGAAAAAUUGGUGAAUUUGCCAAUAAAUUACGAACAAAACUUUUAGAAAUUAACGGUGUUGCUGAACACCCUGUGAUAGAUAUGAUGGUAAACAUUACAGUCAAACCAAAGGACAUUGAUGAUAUAGUCAACAACACUGAUCCGAAAACAAUAAUUGAACACAUAAACAGUAGUGAUGAUAAAGGGGCAUGGAUAAGAGCACUGAUUAAAAAAGAUACCGUAUAUGAAGACGAGGAGCUAGCCAAGUGUGUCAUGAGUCAUUUAAAUAAUGUCUUUGAUGAAAAUGAGUGCUAUGAAAUUUACAAAGAGGUAAAUAGACUUAGGAUUAAAACAAAUAAGGAUAAAGAGUUAUAUGAACAACUACUGAUUAAACUUUUUCAUCAUUGCAAUCUUGCUCAUAAGGAAGAAAUUCUUGAUAGCCAUUUUGCUGAAAACUGCUUUAGAAACCUGUAUGACAAUGGCGAAUUUAGUUAUGUAAUGACUGAAACUUUCAACAAACUAAUCAUAGCCCCUGAUUCAGAUUUCACUGAUGUUUUAUGCCUGUUCCUCCAAAAUCCACGAAAAGUUUAUGAGAAAAUAUUUAACUUGGCAGCGGAUAAUGAACAACAGAAAAACAUAAUGUUAAAAGUUAUGACAUUGCUUGAGAAAUAUUCCAACCACUAUUAUGACUUAGAAACAGAACCAUGCAUCAUCCAGGUGGCUCAGAAUGCCUUUGAUAACUUAGAUACUGAUGCUAAACAACACAAUUUCAUCAAAUUCAUGUGUGCGUUGAAGAAUUCCAAUUGCAUUACAGGCACCAAAUUAUUAAUGCUUAUUAUUAUGCCACAUAUGCACAAAGCUCUUCUAAAUCGAGAUGUGGAAUCACUAAAUAUUCAAUGCAGACUUCUGAAGGAUGCUUUUACUCUGGAAGAAUUAAUGCCAUAUAGAGCACCAAUGCUGGCCAUGCUUGGUCAAAUCCUUGAUGUAGUAAGAUGGAAAAUCAAUACAUUUGUAUCUCUCGCCCCAGAAACUGUGACAUUGGCUUUAGAGCUACAGUGCUCCCUAAUAAAUACUUAUGGCUCGAGAAUUCCAGAUAAUGAAUUAAGUUGGUUAAAAACCAGACUGAAGUACUUGAAGCAUGAGCUCAAUGUGUAUUAUUACAGAAAACUUUGGGAUCCCCCUGGUAACAACAUAAUAGAAAUACUAAGUGGAUAUACAAUAAAUAAUGAUGUUGACUUAGAAGAUUUGGUAACAUGGAUGUCUCAGGCAAUCUGUUCAAGUACCCAGCAAGAGUGGGGUCUUUUGUGGGAUAGCCUAUCCGCUCUUGGAGACACUGUUUCACUGGAUAUUGUGCAUAAUGCAGUGGCUCUGAUCACAUUGGCUGAACGUCCAAAUCGGAUGGAAAACUCGUGGCCCUGUGUUUUACACAUGUACAGAAAUUUCGUAUAUACUAUUAGGUAUAAAUACUUCAAGGAACCGUUAACCAAUUCUCAAAUUGAAAGUGUGCUGGAAAGAAUUAUAUUAAUAUCAAAUGUAGUGGACGAAGACAGUAUGGACGAGCUUAGUAGUGUUUUAAUACCUCUUUUUGCAUAUCUCGCUGAAAGGAAAGGUGAUUUUACAUUUGAUAUAACUGACUAUUUAACUGAUAAAUGUUCAAGUCCAAAACUCACAGACAUUUUGAUGAGAGUAUUUUCUAAUGGAACAGCAUAAGAAAGAAUAUUGUAAGAGUGUUAAGCAGUUUUAAAUGAUGAAUCAUAAUUUAUUAACAAAUUGAUUUCAUUAUUUGUAUGCAAGUUAUUUGACACAGACAGAUUUAAGCUAAACGUCCAUUUGUCGGUAUCGUACGCAACGGACGCAUCGUACAAAACAUCGUAUGGGAUGUGCGAUGCGGAAAGGUGGACGCACUUAUAUGAGUUUCUAUAUAAAUAAUACUAAGAUCCGUUGCGUGCGAUAUGUCCGAUGCGUACGAUGUGGACGCUUAGCUUUAUACGAACUUACGGUAUUCUUAGUAUAUUGCGCCUAAGGCGAUUGUUCCUUUCGAUGUACAGAAUAGUUUAAUUGAUAUA